AGUGUGUAUUACAGUGUGUCUACUACAGUGUGUGUGUAUUACAGUGUGUCUACUACAGUGUGUGUGUAUUACAGUGUGUGUACUACAGUGUGUACUACAGUGUGUACGUCACCGCUUGGAGAAGGUCACGUGCUCUUCGGUCCUGCUAUAAGCGGAGCGCGCGGAGCGCAGCGUCACUCUGGCUGCACGCGGGGAGCCAGAAACUUCCGCUGUCAGUGUUUCGGGAGACGAAGAAGAAGCUCGGCGCGGAUUGUUGCACUCCGGCUGAACCUGGUUGAUCUCCGCGGUCUUCCGUCCCCGCGGCGCGGUGCCGCUCCGGCGGAGGAUGGAGCAGAAGGCAGCGGGCGGACCGAGCGGCGGCGCGUCGCUGCAGGACGCUUCCUCCCGGAGUCUUCAUCAGCAUGAGAACUCCACAAAGCGGACUGAGAGGACCUGAUCCGCUCCGGGCCACGUAAAGCCAGCGAGUCCACCUCGACGCAGUAAAGGUUCGGCCGGCAGCGCGUCAUGUUCUCCGGGGGGGGCGACGCCAACCUGACGUCCUCUCUGGAGCGCGGCUGGAGCGACACGCCGCACGAGCGGCUGUCGCGCGGCGGUCACCGCGUGGUGUCGGUGUUUCUGGGCUCCAUCAUGCUGUUCGGUUUCCUCAACAACCUGCUGGUCCUGGUUCUGUUCUGCCGCUUCAAGACUCUGCGGACCCCCGUCAACGUGCUGCUGCUCAACAUCAGCGUCAGCGACAUGCUGGUGUGCGUCUGCGGCACGACGCUCAGCUUCGCCUCCAGCCUGCGGCGCCGCUGGCUGUACGGCCGCCUCGGCUGCAUGUGGUACGGCUUCGCCAACUCCUGCUUCGGCGUCGUGUCUCUGAUCUCUCUGGCCGCCCUGUCCUACGACCGUUACAGCACCCUGAUGGUGUACAACAAGCGGGUCUCGGACUACAGGAAGCCCCUGCUGGCGGUGGGGGGGUCGUGGCUGUACUCCCUGGUGUGGACGGCGCCCCCCCUGCUGGGCUGGAGCAGUUACGGUCUGGAGGGGGCCGGGACCAGCUGCUCGGUGACGUGGACGGAGAGGUCGUCCGGCUCGCACUCGUACAUCGUCUGUCUGUUCGUCUUCUGUCUGGGCCUCCCCGUCCUCGUCAUGGUCUACUGCUACGGCCGCCUGCUCUACGCCGUCAAACAGGUGGGUCGUAUCAGGCGGAUGGCGGCUCGUCGCAGAGAGUUUCACAUCCUGUUCAUGGUCUUCACCACAGUGGUGUGUUACCUGCUCUGCUGGAUGCCGUAUGGCGUCGUUGCCAUGAUGGCCACCUUCGGCCGGCCGGGAGUCAUCAGCCCCGUCGCCAGCGUCGUCCCGUCGAUCCUCGCCAAGAGCAGCACCGUCAUUAACCCCGUCAUCUACAUCCUCAUGAACAAACAGUUCUACCGCUGCUUCCUGAUCCUGUUCCACUGUAAACACCAGCUGACGGAGAACGUUCAGUCCUCCGUGCCCUCCAAGACCACCGUGGUCCAGCUCAACCGCCGAGUGUGUGACAGCAGCCCCGCCGGGCGGACGCCGCUCACCGGACCCGGUACGAUCCACGUGGAGGGGACCGGCGCCGCCGUCGAGCCGGCCGAACCCGGCUCCUCCUGAAACCUUUUGAUUUGAUAGAAAGCGAAAGGUCCCGGUGGCUCCGCCUCCUGGAAACUCAUGAUGUCACCGCAGGUGUGACCCCCAGUGAUCAGCUGACUGCAGGUACAGAGGACAAACUGUGUCGCGUGAUGAAAGAUUUGAAGACAGAAGGACGUACGAACACUUAAUGAAUGAUUAAUUACACGACGUAAUCAAAAUCAUACGGAGGCUUUUUAAAAAUAAACUAAUAAUAAUAACUGAAGGAAUCACAAGACGAACAUGAAGAAACUUAUAACUUUUAGAAACAUUUAAAGUGUCAAUUUUUACAUUUGUCCUGUGAAGCCUUGAUAUCAGCCCUAAUCACUGUUAUAUAAUAAUUAAUAUUCUGACUUAUACAACAUUAAUUACCUGUUUACACCUGGCGACUGGGACUCAGAUAUUUAAGCUACUCUGUGUUGCAUAAGCCCCGCCCUAGGGGCCUAUUGUACAUACUGAUUAUAUACUGAUUACUGGACCAUCAUGGAAACAAUUAGGUCAGUUUCAGGUGAAACUAGGCAGGGUAAACAGCAGACACUCAGGUAGACUCCCUCCUGAGGGCGGGGCUUAAGUAACACAGAGUAGCUUAAAUUUCUGAGUUCUCAGACCAUUUUCACAAUUGAGAAUGACUUCCGGAUGGGAGCCGAAACGUCUUGAUUCUGAAAACAGCGUCCAGACGACUACGACUGAAACCUUUUCUAUGUUAGCUGAAAGGUUACAACUUAAAAAUUAACACAUUUUUAAAGGAUUUCGUCAAUUCUAAUUGAUCCUAUGAAUGAUCAAUAAGCGCUGUAUUCAGUGAUUUAUAGUUCCACACGUUAAUUAUUUCAGUGUGUUAUUAAACAUUAACUGCUGAACAUGUCGAGCUUCAAGCCAAUUAAAAGAAUGACUUUGUUAUCAAGUUCAAUUAAAACAUGAAAUUAUUUGACUUAAUAACUCAAAUUAAAAAUGUAUUAUUAAAUGUAACAUUUAAAAAAGUUUAAUUUCAAUAAUAACUUGAUGCAUCACGAGAGAAAUUAAGUAUUUAUAAUUACUAAACACAGGAAAGUCACAUUUAAUUAAACAUUAAUAUGGAAGAGGUCGGAGUGUUAAUGAGAUCUGUGUGUAAUCAUGUCGUUAAUGAUUAUUAUGUGUCGAUGGAGCAGCUAAUAACACUAAUAAACUGCAUUAGUGUUAUUAACUUUAUACACAGCUAAUAAACAGUGCGGUCGUCAGCUGACCCAAUUUUUGAUCACAUGUGGAAAAAAUAAUAGUCACUAAUUAACAGUUUGUGAUUUUAUAUAUUUCAGUUGCUCAUCGUUAAUUAAUUGAUCGAUUCAGAAAAUGUGAAUAUUUUUCUAUGGUCUCUGGUUUGUUGAACGUCAGUUGGUGUAAAAAUGUUCUGAAACUUUAAAUAAAGUUGUGUAAAUUGUU